AAAAAAAUAUGACCCACUUGGGAUUUGUCGUAGACAACAUAGUGUCUGGUCACAAGAGCUUUACCAUCUCCACUUUCCAUAGCCCAUGUCUUAUGUCUUCGGCUUCUGCAUGUGAGUUUUGCAAUGCUUCGUUUUCUCUCUUUCCUCUGCUUCACGGAUACCCAUUAAUCCAUUAUGGAUACUUUGCUCAAAACACCUAACAAGCUUGGAUUUUUGCAUCCACUUCAUGGUUAUUCAGAGAAAUUGAACAAUUCAGGGUCCUCUAGGUUGGAGUUUAGGUUUGGUUCCAAGAAACCAGUGGUGAAGUGGGGUGGAUGUGGUGGUGGUUUGAGGGCUAGUAGCAGUGCCCUUCUAGAGCUUGUUCCAGAGGUCAAGAAGGAGAAUCUGGAUUUUGAACUUCCUUUGUAUGAUUCGAUGAAGGGAGCUGUUGUCGAUCUCGCGGUUGUGGGAGGAGGCCCUGCAGGGCUUGCAGUUGCUCAGCAGGUUUCUGAGGCAGGGCUUUCAGUUUGUGCAAUUGACCCAAACCCUAGGUUGAUUUGGCCCAAUAAUUAUGGUGUUUGGGUGGAUGAAUUUGAAGCCAUGGAUUUGCUUGAUUGCCUUGACACCACUUGGUCUGGUGCUGUUGUCUACAUUGAUGACAAAACAAAGAAGUAUCUAGAUAGACCUUAUGGUAGGGUUAAUAGGAAGCUGUUGAAGUCAAAGAUGCUGCAAAAAUGCAUUUCAAAUGGUGUCAAGUUUCACCAGGCUAAAGUCAUCAAGGUUAUUCAUGAGGAAUCGAAGUCCAUGUUGAUUUGCAAUGACGGCGUCACUAUUCAGGCUACUGUGGUUCUUGAUGCAACUGGCUUUUCAAGAUCUCUUGUUCAGUAUGAUAAGCCUUAUAAUCCAGGUUACCAAGUUGCCUAUGGGAUUUUAGCUGAGGUUGAGGAGCACCCGUUUGACGUGGAUAAAAUGCUUUUUAUGGACUGGAGAGACUCACAUCUGGACAAUAAUAUGGAGCUGAAGGAGAAGAAUAGCAGAAUACCCACUUUUUUAUAUGCAAUGCCCUUUUCAUCCACCAAGAUAUUUCUUGAAGAAACCUCUCUUGUUGCACGCCCUGGAUUGCGUAUGGAUGAUAUACAGGACAGAAUGGUUGCUAGGCUAAAACACUUGGGCAUUAAAGUGAAGAGCAUUGAAGAGGAUGAGCACUGUGUCAUUCCGAUGGGUGGCCCCUUACCGGUUCUCCCGCAAAGAGUUAUUGGAAUCGGUGGUACUGCCGGGAUGGUGCAUCCUUCAACUGGGUAUAUGGUAGCAAGGACCCUAGCUGCUGCUCCUAUUGUUGCUAAUGCUAUUGUUCAGUACCUUGGUUCUGAUAGAGGCAUCUCAGGAGAUGGAUUAUCUUCACUAGUGUGGAAAGAUUUAUGGCCCAUCGAAAGGAGGCGGCAGAGGGAGUUCUUCUGUUUCGGUAUGGACAUCUUACUCAAGCUUGAUUUACCCGGCACGAGGAGAUUUUUUGAUGCAUUUUUUGAUCUCGAACCUCAUUACUGGCAUGGAUUCCUAUCAUCAAGACUGUUUCUUCCAGAGCUGCUAGUUUUUGGUCUCUCUCUAUUUUCUUAUGCUUCUAAUACUUCUAGGAUAGAGAUUAUGGCGAAGGGAACUGUUCCUUUGGUAAAUAUGAUCAACAACUUGAUACAAGAUAAAGAAUAAGUUUUUUUUUCCUUCUAAUCUGCUCUGUAUGUUACUUGUGUUGUGAGCUUCCAGCUGUAGUGUUUUUUUUUUCCCCUACUGAUAUUAUAGAUUUUCAUUCAGUAUAUAUAUAUUGGUUUGAUUCCUAUUA